GCUACAACCGAUUUAAUGAUUUGGGGUGUUCAAUAAUCCAUCAUCUCAUUAAACGUAAUUUGCUGUACAUAGUUUUUUUUGAACUCUUUUAGUUAAAUGAAUUGUUCAACUAGAUAGGAGUAGAGGUGAAAGAUAAAACAAUCUACUCGAUAUUCGAAUCAAGUUUGAUAAUAUCGAAUCAAGUUUGAUAAGAACUCUUUCGAUUUUUGGUUCGUUAACUAGUUAAACAUUCAUGUUCGACAGCCUCAGACACAACAUGGUGCCACUUGUCAUAUUACCCAGUUGUAUCAUGACGAGCAAGCUCCUCCUAGGUUACACAUGUCGUCUAAACCAAGUAUCAAUUGGGAUUCGAUCAAUUUGGUCAAUUCUUUCCUCGCUCGUAUAAUAUAAAGCAUCCCAAACAGGCAAAUAUCACCGCCCAAAACUCCUUUCGUAUCACUAAAAAGAUAAACCUUGUGACAAUCAUGCAUGAUGGAAAGAGUGGAGAAUGAGGGUGUGAAUGUAGGAAUUCCAGUAGAUAAAAAGCCCAAGAAAGAAGCAGCAAUCAGUACUUCGAUGAAGAAAAUCACCGUUGGAGGUUCAAGAAAAGGGUGCAUGAGGGGCAAAGGCGGGCCAGAAAAUGCAUUUUGCACCUACAGGGGUGUUAGGCAACGGACCUGGGGGAAAUGGGUAGCUGAAAUUCGUGAGCCAAAUCACGGUGCAAGAGUUUGGCUAGGCACUUUCAACACCUCUUAUGAAGCCGCCAGAGCCUACGAUGACGCAGCCAAAAGGCUUUAUGGCAAAUGUGCUAAGCUGAAUUUACCAGAAGAAGAUCAACCCCCAUCCCCUCCCGGUAGUUCAUCAGUUGCUUCAGCAGCGUACAGCAAUAAUACGGGGUAUAAAAACGGCCAAGACUUGACCAAUGAACAUCAAUCUCCUGAACUCGAAGACAAGAAAAAUGGGACUUCUGUUCUUGAUGAAGUGUCCAUUUUUAAGGAUAUAAAUGGAGAGUUUGCCUUUGACGAGACUCCGGCUCCCAGCCUGCUUGGUGAGGAGCAGAUUCUGAAUUGGCCUGAAUAUCCAUUUGAUAAUGGUUUUCAUUGGUCAAAUGAUGGUGGAAUUAGUGUUGGUGGAUUGAUUGAUCAUGCUGUGGUUUACAAGCUCCUUGGACCUCCUAAUUAGUACAUAAUUAAUAGGCAACUGUCCUCAAUCAUCAUGUAUGUGUAUAAUAAAUGUGUGUUGAGUGUGUACGUACAAAUGACUAGUACUAGCUAGUAGGGUACUGUCGUUCAUCUAACAGCAAAACCCAAAACAAACAAAAGAAGUAGAAAUAUCGUUCUGAUGAAGACAGAAGAAAUGCUUUAGUUUUUGCUUGUGUUUUGCUGGUAUUGAUUUCUUUUUCUUUCUUCUUCUUCCUUUUUUAUUUGGGCAUUUUUCCUGUGUCGAAUGGAGGCCUUUUUGCAACAAAAAAAAUUGUUCUAGCCUCUUCUUCGGGACGGAAGAAGGCUGCUGGAU